AUGGCUCCCAUCACAGACGACACGGUUGAAGCUCUUCGAGAUACCAUCCAUAAGCUGGAAUCCCGGGUGCAGCAGUUGGAGGCCAAGUUAGGGCAUGGUGAUGGGUCACCCCCGGCGGCCAGCUCGAAGAAACCCCUUCAAUCCGUCCGGAUGAUUUUAAUGGGUCCUCCUGGAGCUGGCAAGGGAACCCAGGCACCGAAGAUCCAGGACAAGUACUGUGCCUGCCAUUUGGCAACAGGGGACAUGCUGCGAUCUCAGGUAGCAAAGAAGACCUCGCUCGGGAGGGAAGCCAAGAAGAUAAUGGAUCAGGGCGGGUUGGUCAGCGAUGAGAUCAUGAUCAACAUGAUAAAAGGUGAACUGGAGAACAACCAAGAUUGCAAACAAGGCUUCAUACUUGACGGCUUCCCGCGAACAGUCGCACAAGCUGAGCGACUAGAUGGCAUGCUGACAGCGAAGAGCCAAAAACUUCAACACGCCGUCGAGCUACAAAUCGACGAUGGCCUUCUGGUCGCCCGGAUAACAGGGCGCCUGAUUCACCCAGCUUCCGGCCGGUCAUAUCACAAGAUCUUCAAUCCGCCAAAAGAGACGAUGAAGGAUGACGUGACCGGCGAGCCAUUGAUCCAGAGAUCCGAUGAUAAUGCGGAUACACUGAAGAAGCGACUUGGGGUCUAUCAUGACCAGACCUCGCCAGUGGUAGCCUACUACAAGAAAACGGGGAUCUGGAAGCCAAUCGAUGCAAGCCAAGAACCAGGGCAAGUGUGGAAGAGCCUACUGGGGGUCUUUGACGGGGACAAGUCUUCAUCUUCAAGUCUCACCUCCAAAUUCCUCGAUCUUUGGCAUGCCAAAUGA